AUGACACAACCCACUGCCGCCGGCAAGGCCACUGCCGGUGUGCUUCAAAUUCCUGCGACAGCUACCCAGAAGAACGGCUCGACCUCGGCAAAGAAAGCCUCCAAACCUCCCACUCCUCGCCUGAAGCUUCUCAUUCGUCGUCUUCCGCCUGGGUUAACUCAAAGUGAACUCGAGACUGCGUUGGGAGAUGAUUGGAAAGUUGGCGCCGGGAAAGUCGACUGGCUGCAGUACAAACCUGGCAAGGUCUCAAAAGAUCCCGCAAAGCCUUCUCGUCCCUCCAGAGCGUACAUUCACGUAGUCGCUAAUGAACACGUUGGCGCAUUGUCAGACCACGUACGACAAGCAUCUUUCCAGGAUGCCAGCCAUACUGCAAAUGACCCAGUUCUCCUCGGUCCACCAGCACUAGAAUUUGCGCCCUAUGCGAAGACUCCGGGAAGUCGGGUGCGGAAAGACGCGCGACAAGGAACCAUCGACCAGGACCCAGAGUUCAUUGCCUUCCUAGAGAGCUUGACGCAGCCGAUCACCAAGCCCACUCCAGUCGAGGCUGUUGAGCCCGAGGAGAAGAAAGCGACCGUGACCACUACGCCUCUUGUGCAAUACAUCAAGGAAAAGAAAGCAAGUAAAGCCAAGGAGAGCGCAUCCUCCAAAUCCUCCAAGCGCUCUGAGAAGGAAUCCAAACCGGACAAAGUCCAGGCCAAAAAACUUCUUCAGCGCCCCGACAGAAAGCCUGCGUCCGGGCCAUCAUCGGAGGAGAAACCGAAGAGUGAGAAGGCUGGAAAAGAAUCUGGCAAGACCACGAAAUCCACGGCUAGUGGCCCAUCUACAAAGGGAGGCAAAUCAGGCUCGGCUGGGGCUGCAAAGGAAAACGCUCCUGUCGCAGGGCCCGAACGGAAGAGAGAACGCGGAAGCGUUGCAGCGGCGGCCAAGAUUCUGCAACGAGAUCUAGGUCUGACCCAAUCAUCGUCGCGGCGACGGGGAAAAGCUUCAUCGAACGAGACGGGUCCUGUUAAGAAUGAAGGCUCACGGGAGUCUUCAGUUCCAGCAACCGAAAGCGGCAAGAAACAGAUUCUCACCAAGCCCGGGAAAAAUGCCGGUGGCCACGCGACAAAGGCGAAGGAUCGAGACGGUCAGGAGCCGCUCCCACAGACCGUGGGGCCUGCGACUACUGCUGCAGGCACCUGCGCCUGCGCCACUCAAGCCUUCCUUAAGCACGCCAAUGCUUCGCAGGGUGUGACCGAGGCUCUCUUAGAGACGGCAUUUGCAUCUUUCGGUAUCGUGACCAAGGUGGAGAUCGACAAAAAGAAAGGCUUUGGCUACGUGGACUUUGCAGAGCCUGCUGCCCUACAGAAAGCCAUAGCGGCCAGCCCUGUUCCUGUGGCGCAGAGCCAAAUUGUCGUCCUUGAGCGCAAAGCCAACCCAAGUGGCGACAAGUCACGCAAGGGAGGCGCCGCCGGUGGAAGUGGUGGGGGUGGUGGUGGUGGUCGAGGUGCAGGAGAAGCAGCUCAGCAGGCCAAGGGCGAAAAGGGCAAGGCAACUGAAGCGGCGGGUGCGAGCACUACAAAUGGCGCCAAUGGGUCCAACACUGGUGGCGGUGGUGGUGGAGGAUCUUCACGCGGAUCUCGAGGUGGACGUGGUUCGAGAAAGAAGGGUGGAAAUGGAGGCGAGGGAUCAAAGGCGGGCUCAAAUGGUCCUCCAGCUGCGAAUGCCACCGCAGCUGCUUCGUCGGCUGGCAAGGCUGGAAGCUCGAAUGCGAAAUGA